AUGCUCACCAAUAUGCAAAAUGCAUUAUUCGCUAUAUUAAUACCCCUUGUUCUCUGCAUUACCCUUACUUCUGGCCAACCUAUCAAUGAACCUGUCAAUCUUUACCGUUUCGACGCUAUGGGCUGGAACGAAGUGCAAAAGAGAGGUGGAUUUCGGCCUUGGGGAGCGAAUUACGACAACCCCCCAUUUGGUCUUGGCGAAACCGGGAAAAACGUCAUCCGUAACAACAAAUUUUCCUUGUAUCAAAAUACGGGUAGUAGUAGCUCAGGCUUCGGUUCCAUGUAUACUUCGACUUCCUACGACCCCAAAGUUUCACUCGGGUUUUCAGAGGGAAAAGAGGGCACAUUAUACAGAAUACGGCCUUCACCUAAUGCUAUUGACGUCGCGUCAAGUCUUGGAGCUGGAUAUCCCCCAGGAUUACGACACGAGAAAGAAGUUUCAUUUCUUGGAGGAGUCUACAAGAAUCAGAUAGUAGAAUACGCUGUUGUACCGAAGAACUUCAAGGGCAACGUCGAAGACUUCAAGUGGCAGAGAAAUCAGAACUAUGACCGAAGGUUCGACACCAUGAAACCUGUCACGGCGCCUCAGCUGGCAGGUUUUCCCAGCCAUUUAACAUUCCCCGAUGGUCCCCAUGCAGGACAGCUAGCCGUGGAAACCGAGCCAUGGAAAUCUCACCAGGGCUCGUUGGUGAAUGAAGCCAAAAAGAUUCGGCUGCAGACAAACAAAGAGAUAGGAUGGACCAAAAACUUUCCGUUCGAAGUAUCAGAUACCUCAACGCAAGGGGGACAGUUGUGCAAACGUGGACAAGUAUGUUCGACGCAUCCAAAGCCCCCGGGGACGGAGCCGAAGCCCCCGGGGACGGAGCCGAAGCCCCCGGGGACGGGGCCGAAGUCCAAGCCCGCCACUGGUGGCGGCAGGAUAUCAGGCGGAUAUCGCAGGGGCGCUACCACAUUGAACCUCGCUGUAGCGGCUGUUCAAUGUUUUUCAAAUAAACCUUUGGUGGUGCAGCAAGAGCCGCCGCCUCCGCCGCCUCCGCCGGAGUCGAAGCCGCGGAAGCCCUGGUAUGAACGUCUCUUUGUAGAGGCUCCAGUAUUGGCUUUCAAUUCGUUUAUGAAGUUAUUCAGCAAGGAAAAUAGCGACGCUUUUAUGCAGUCUGCUGGCGACUUCUGGAGAGCACUUGGUGAAAUGCCGGAGGCAAUAAAAAGCAGUCUACAACGCCUCGUAAGCGCGGAAAAUCUCGACGCUUUUAAGAAGUCUACUGGCGACCUCGUAACAGCGAUGAAACAAAUUCCUGCGGCGGUGGCAAGCGGUGCUAAUGACAUCGUAGACCCGGAAAAUUUCGACGCUUUUGGGAAGUCUUUAACCGACCUCGGGGAAGGACUAGGUGAAAUCCCUGGGGCUUUUGAAAACGGUUUUAACAUCCUCAAAAAUAACGCCACACAGGAUAUCGCGAUGGCAUUUCAGAAGCUGCCUGCACAGGUAAUACAAGGUCUUCAAAGUUUCAUGAAUGAGGUCAAUAAAAAUUCACCACCUGGUUCCAACGGGAGAAAAAUUAUCGACUCUGUUUUGGGAAGCAUUGCCCCACCAGAUUUGACUGAUGUUAUAACCAUGCUAUGUGACCAGCUUAAGGAGGUAGGCUAG